AUGGGGCGAGAGCUAGAGGAGGUGGCUAAAGAAGGCUUCCAUCCCCUGGUAACUCAGGCCUGGUGUUCAGAAAAAGAUAUGUACACUCUCCAGCUGCAAAUUGGGGAUCCCAACUUCUCUCCUACGUUGGAGUUUGCCUUACAGAAAUUCAACCAGCAGAACAAGGACCAGUAUGCUUACAAGCUUGUCCAGGUCCUGAGUUCUGAGACUAAGAAGAUGAGCAUCUCAACAAUUUAUUCCAUGACGCUAGAGCUGGGAAGAACAGUAUGUGGAAAAUCUGAGGGAGAUAUUAAUGACUGCCCACUUCAAGACAGCCCAGAGCAGAACCAUGUAAGCGAGAGCACCAGCUUACCUCAUUUCACAGAUGUGGGUGCUCCUUGGGCAUGGAGUGGGGUGUAG